AUGGAAUAUAGAGAUGAAGAAUUAAAUAUAUUAAUAUCCAUUUAUUUGGAUGACUUGAUUAUAAAUCAUGAUAAUCCAAUUUCUUUAAAUGUAACAAUCUAUUCUAAUGGAGAUGAAAAUGAUUUAGAUCGUGAUAAACGUUUAUUGUGUACAACAUUCAUUGCAGAACUUCCAUCAACAUAUCCAAAUUUAAAUUCACUAAAAAUAACUCUUUGCCGUCCUCGUGGUUUAAUAGAUGAACAAAUCAAUGGAUUAAAUUCUUUAAGAUAUUCUUGUCUUGAAUCAAAUAUUGGUUCUUGUGUACUUUAUGAAUGCAUCGAAUCAACACGUUCGGAAUUAUUUGUUUAUGAACUUCCACAGAAAGCUGGUGCUAUAUGUUUAAUGUUAAUAAAACAUCGAGAAUUAAUUGAAAGUCUUUCACCACAUAUAAAACAAUGA